AAAAACAUCUCUUCUCCGCGAAGCUUUCUUCUCUUUUUCACUUUCAUGCCAAAGGAAUCAUCGCGGCGUGUCUCAAUUAAUGUUGGGUGAAGAAAACAAAAUGGAAAACCUGUGCUUUUUCUCUUUUUUUGCUCUGGACAAAAAGAAAAUGCAGCUGAACGGAAAGGUGAUUCACAUGGCGAACGCACAAACACACUCUUCUCCCGGGUCAUCAUCAGUGAUUCCUCCAACAAUGGCUAUGAGAGAUGAUUGUGGGAUGUGCGCGCUGGUGGCGAUUUUGAAAACAAUACCAGCUCAUGAGGGCGACUCUCGCGCGCGCGCGCGCCGAUCAAUGGCAAGAAGGCAGACAGCGUUUCUUCUUCGGCUCUGGUGUGCUUCACAUGCAAGCGCGCACUUGCACUCCAGUGCAUCUGGUCGUGUUUGGGAGUGAGGCGAAAGUCAAUUAUCGCUAAUUAUUUCGCCACCUCCCCCACAGAAGGGCGCCAAGUGGAGCAUUGAGGCUAUAUAAAUGCGGGAGUCUCGCGAGGAAUCUCAACAGUAAACUUGUUUCGCUGGCGCUAGGUAGAUCGAAAUGAAGUUUACGGGACUCUUCCUCUUAGUUCUAUCAGCUGCGACGAUCGCUGCGUCCGUGGAGGAUGGUCAAAAACAGAUCGAAAGUGCAGAUGAGUUAGCAAGUGGUGGUGAUCUCGAUGGGGCCGAGUCCGUCGUGCAGGAGGACCAAGUGCCGGCCGCGUCCUAUCGCGUCGAGAGGCAGUGGAAGGUGAAGCCAGUGAAGAAGUCCCUGCCGGGCGGCGGGAAGCGCGUCACAGUGCACAUCGUGGAGACGGGUGGCGGCGGCGGCGGCGGCCCCAAGAAGAGCACCAAAGGCGCAGCGAAGUCGCCGCAGAAGAAGACACAGCAGCAGAGCAAGAGCACACUCACGACCACACCCGCACCGCCCACGCAAAACAGCCCCAAAGGCAAGGGUAGUCAUCGUAUCGAUAGUCACACCCACUCCGAGGAGGUUCACGAGAUCAUCCUGCCCGCCGAGCAGGAGAUCCUCGCCGGCCACACCGAGCAGCAGCUGGUCUUCCCGCAGACCAAGUACCAGAUCAUCAGCGCUGACGCGGAGACGCAGGAGACCAGGAAGGAGGAGCCGCCGCGCGAGAGGAUCAAGAUCAAGCACCACCACCACCAUCACCACCACAACCACGUCAAGACGGUGGUGAAGAAGGUGCCCGUGGAGAUUCCAGUGGAGAAGCUCGUGCAUGUGCCCGUGGAGAAGCUGGUGCACGUGCCGAAGCCCUAUCCGGUGGAGAAGCUCGUGGAGAAGGUGGUGCACGUGCCAGUGGAGAAGAUCGUGCACGUGCCGAAGCCAGUACCUGUGGAGAAGGUGGUGGAGAAGGUGGUGCACAUUCCCGUGCCCAAGAUCAUCGAGAAGCCCGUGCCCUACGAGAAGAUCGUGGAGAAGAUCGUGCACGUGCCCAAGAUCAUUGAGAAGGAGCGGAAGGUGCCCGUUGAAGUGAAGGUGCCGUAUCCCGUGGAGAGACUCGUGCACGUCCCCAAGCCCUAUCCGGUGGAGAAGAUCGUGGAGAAGGUGGUGCAGGUGCCAAUUCCCAAGCCCUAUCCUGUUGUCAAGCACAUCCACGUGCCCGUGGAGGUGAAGGUGCCAGUUCCGGUGCACAAACCGGUGCCGGUGCCAGUCGAGAGGAAGAUCAAGGUUCCCGUGGAGGUGGAGCGCAAGAUCAAGGUGCCUGUUCCCUAUCCUGUCAAGGUGGAGGUGGAGAAGAAGGUGCCUGUGCCGUAUCCUGUCAAGGUGCCCGUGAAGGUCUUCAUUCCGCAGCCGUAUCCAGUGGAGAAGAAGGUUGAGGUGAAGGUCAGAGACUAUCCUCCAGUGUCCUCCUCCUUCAAGAGCACCUACCACAGGGAGCCUUCUUACCACCAAAAGGAGCCUUCUUAUCAUCAAAAGGAGCCUAUUUACCUCCAAAAGGAGCCCUCUUACCACCAAAAGGAAUCUUCUUACCACCACAAGGAGCCUUCGUACCACAAGGAGCCGUCCUACAAGGAGUCUUCCUACUUCAAGGAUCCCUCCUAUCUCAAGGACCCCUACCCGAAGGAGACCUAUCCCAAGGAGUACAUCAAGGACGCGCCCACGGCCAGCGACUACCAAGCCGAGAGCUACGCGUACUACAGCACGCAGCCCACGGGGCCGCAGCUGAGCGACCAGUCGCCCUACGGCACGGAGAACACCUUCACGCAGUACAGCCAGCCGCCCACGGCGCCCAACGAGCACCUCUUCAGCGUGGAGUCGGCCUACCAGGUGCCGCAGUACCCCAACGAGUACCAGAAGCAGGACAGCUUCUUCAACACCGGCGAGGCGCGCAUUCAGCCCGUGUCGAUGGACGCGGACACGUCGGCGAGCGACAUGAGCCAGCAGUUCGUGGCGCCGCCCGCCGAGGCGUCGGGCUUCCAAAUCAACGUGCCAGAUCCCGGCCAGGCCGAGUCCAUGCCCUUCUCCGCCAGCGACGCCGGCUACCAGCCCAUGCACCUGCUGCCGCUGCACAUGGACGACUUCCACGGCGUCUCUCCCGAGGCCGCGGGCUUUUCGCUGGUGCAGGAGUGAUUUAGUGAAUUGGACUUGUGAGAGACUUAGACGAGAGACUGCCACGACGCUAGUUUAGCUCAUAUCAGAGUUAUUUUGUAAUUUAAAACCAACACAAAACACCCUCAACCGAACACUUCUUCUCUCUCUGUUCCAUAGAUUAACGGUAAGGUCACAAGAUUGGGUCUCUUUGAGGAUUGGGAAGGACAAGCAAAAAGAGCGACGAAGCAGGGAGGAUACUUUAGCGAUCUUCCCUCACCCCAAGAAAAACUUGAUUAUAAAAGUAAGAAGUGAGAAAUUUUGGGGCGCGAAAAAUGGGGAAAACUGGCGCAAAAAAUUGUAUGAAAAAUCGUGUAAAUGUGAUAUAUGAGAAAAUGCUGAAAAAAAGAUACAAAAUAAAAAAGAUAUUUAAU